ACAACUGCUGCUCCAACGACCACUACAACUCCAGAACCUAUUACGACAACCACUGCAGCUUCUGCUACAACAACUACAACUUCAGCUCCUACGACAACCACAACAACAGCACCUACAACAACUGUAGCUGCCACGACAACUGCAGCUCCUACAACAGCUAUAGCAUCUACGACAACCACUGCAGCCCUAACAACAACAACUGCUGCUCCUACGACCACUACAGCUCCAGAACCUAUUACGACAACCACUGCAGCUUCUGCUACAACAACUACAACUUCAGCUCCUACGACAACCACAACAACAGCACCUACAACAACUGUAGCUCCCAUGACAACUGCAGCUCCUACAACAGCUUUAGCAUCUACGACAACCACUGCAGCCCAAACAACAACAACUGCUGCUCCUACGACCACUACAGCUCCAGAACCUAUUACGACAACCACUGCAGCUCCUGCUACAACAACUACAAUUUCAGCAUCUACGACAACCACUGCAGCCCAAACAACAACAACUGCUGCUCCUACUACCACUACAACUCCAGAACCUAUUACGACAACCACUGCAGCUUCUGCUACAACAACUACAACUUCAGCUCCUACGACAACAACCACUGCAGCUCCUGCUACUACAACUACAACUUCAGCUCCUACGACAACCACAACAACAGCACCUCCAACAACUGUAGCUCCCAUGACAACUGCAGCUCUUACAACAACUUCAGCUCCUACGACAACCACAACAACAGCACCUCCAACAACUGCUGCUCCUACGACCACGGUAACUCCACAACCUACUACGACAACCAGUGAAGCUCCUACUACAACAAAUGCUGUUCCAACGACCACAGUGACUGCAGCACCUUCUACAACAACUACAACUUCAGCUCCUACGACAACCACAACAACAACUGUAGCUCCCACGACGACUGCAGCUCCUACAACAGCUUUAGCAUCUACGACAACCUCUGCAGCUUCUGCUACCACAACUACAACUUCAGCUCCUACGACAACCACAACAACAACUGUAGCUCCCACGAUGACUGCAGCUCCUACAACAGCUUUAGCAUCUACGACAACCUCUGCAGCUUCUGCUACAACAACUACAACUUCAGCUCCUACGACAACCACAACAACAGCACCUACAACAACUGCUGCUCCUACGACCACUGUAACUCCACAACCUACUACG